AUUCAGGAUGAGAUCUUUCCAAACAUUUUUUUAGAAUUGGGAGUGGGCUCUUUGGUUUAAAGGAUUUCAUCCUGUCGGAGGGAGGGGGGAGGUUGCCUGGUUAAUUCCUUAUUAAACGUCAUAUUCCUUCUAUAUUUACGUUAUUCUAAUUUCUGUAAUUAUCUCUCGUCCUUACUUCUGGUCCAGUGAAAAUCUCGUAAAGUCCAAUUGAGGGAGGGUAAAAAGGAAAAAAAAAAAGAAGAAAUGUAUCAUAUCUUAUCUAGUUUGUAGAAAAUAAGGGACAUAAAACAAAAAAAAAAAAUAGGUAUUAAAAACGUACAAUAUCAAAAACAUUUAUUUGUGUGAGACAAAUUAGGGAACAGUCUCAAAAAAUCACGCUGAAAAAAAAAUAUCUGCCAGUUGUACAUUUAGCGAAUCGUUUUAUAGUUAUUAGGUAAUCGAACAUAAACGCUAAUAAAUGCGCCAUGAUGUCCUCAAGGUUACAAACAAAGUUUGGUUUAUAUAAACGGAGGCUGAGGCAGAACUCAUCACUUACCGAACCGAUUUCAACAAUGAAGGUAUUCCAGGUCACUCUCCUCAUCGUCGGGUUGGUCGGGUUGGCUGCCUCUUCUACACCGAGGAGCACCGUCUACGACCUGGAGGACAGGCUCCGUGAAGACAUAGACGCCUUCAGGGCUCGCUCCAAACUGUUUAUCAAAACUGUAUUUGUUCACCUUCAGGUGGAUGUCCCUGCUUUCUUGGAAAGCCCAUUUAUCGCUGCGGACACACUCAUCAUCCACGUCACCACUGAUGCCCAAGAAUUUAUCGAUUCAGCAUACUCCAAUCUCGGUACAAUGAAAUACCACAUCCAGCUAGCCAUAAAUGAAUUGACACCAGCUGACCUCGUAUUGAAGGGAGUUUUGGACGUCCUCACACAAGAACUAGAUGAGGCCGGUAGGGAAGCCGUUUUGAAAAAAGACCAACUUCUGCAGCUGAUCUCUUCGCAUGCUUUUGCAGACGCCAAGGAAGUUAUAGCUCUAGGGCCAGCUGCUGCCAGUGACAUCGUUAUGGCCCACGUCAACGAUGACUUCAAUUUGUUUGUCAGGGACUUAAAGGACUUUAUUCGCAAAAUCCAGACAGUUGUCAAAGAAACUAAUGCAAAACUCGAAAAAUUGGUUUCUGGAUAAGGCGUUUCGAAGUUGCUGUAUCGAGUGUAAAACAACAUGAGGAAUGCAAAUACAACUGAUAUAUAUUUGACAAUAUUUUUUUCUGUUUUUUUACCCUCGUUACCUUCUCCAAAUAAAGAAUCUUGUCAAUUUACAACCACAUUUUGCAGAGCUUUUAUUUUAAAAACUUAUUUUCCUAAAAUGUUUUACAGAAACUGUUAAAAUGGAAUAAAAGUUUCAACUUCUGAUAUUUUGUUAUAUAUACCCUGAAUGGAGGAGCUUAAGGAAAUAGAUAUAAUACUUCUAAAGGUAAUAUAUUCGUAGUGUAUUUAUUUGGUACAGCUAAUAUACUAAAACUCAUGUAAAUUAGAAACGAGUAAGUUCUAAAUUAAUUUUCAUUGGAUAUUUCUAUUUAUC